AGUAAUAUCAGUCAAUUAUUUAGUUAUCACAACUUUAUAAAGCUAUAUAUAUAUAUAUAGUAUAAAUACAUAUCCAAUAUAUAAGUUCAUGAGAGAAAACUAGCAGAGAAAAAGACAGAAAGAGACAAGUGAGCUAGCUGAUUAGAAAAAUGGAAUGGAGGAAGUGUUAUUUGGACGUAGUUCUAGUUCCACUGGGAUUUUUAAUGGUCACUUUUUAUCAUAUAUGGUUGUGGCACAAGGUCCGGACUCAACCGGAGAGCACCAUCAUCGGGAUUAAUGCUAGAGGACGUCGUUUCUGGGUUUCCUCUAUUGUAAAGGAUAAUGAUAAGAAAAACAUUCUGGCCGUACAAACACUAAGGAACACAAUCAUGGGAUCAACGUUAAUGGCCACAACAUCGAUACUGCUAUGUUCGGGUCUGGCGGCAGUUAUAAGCAGCACAUACAGCGUGAAGAAGCCACUAAACGACACCGUUUACGGGGCACACGGGGAGUUCAUGGUAGCCCUCAAAUACGUGACCCUUCUUACAAUCUUUCUAUUCUCUUUCCUUUGCCAUUCCCUCUCCAUCAGGUUCAUCAAUCAGGUCAACAUCUUGAUCAACACUCCACAAGAAGACACGUCACCGGUCACCCCUUCCUACAUUGCUGAGCUUUUGGAGAGAGGUUACAUGCUCAACACUAUAGGGAACCGCCUCUUCUACGCUGCCCUACCUCUGCUCUUGUGGAUAUUUGGUCCAGUUCUGGUUUUCCUAUGUUCCGCUACGUUGGUUCCGGUUCUCUACAAUCUUGACUUUGUAUUCCCAACUACAAAUAAUAAUAGUCGUAGUAGUACUAGUGAUGAUGAUCAUCAUCAUGAACAAAAGGGGAAAGUUAUUAAUGUUAGGGACUUCAUCGUGUAAGAGAACAAUCCAUAUAUAUAUAUAUAUAUAUAUAUAUAUAGAGAGAGAGAGAGAGAGAGAACUUACAUAUAUAAUUAAUGAUUGAAUAAUAAAAGAGAAAAUAAAAUAGUUAUCACGAGUUUAAGUGAUUAA